CGGAAGUGACGUGUUAAAGAAGCGCCUGCGGCGAGCCCGCCUCGCUUGCAUGGCGAUGAACAGCCGGCUGCAGGAGAUCAGGGAGCGACAGAAACUGCGCCGGCAGCUCCUGGCCCAGCAGUUGGGAGCUGAAAGUGCGGAUAGUAUUGGUGCCGUAUUGAACAGCAAAGAUGAUCAGAGGGAAAUCGCUGAAACGAGAGAAACCUGCAGGGCUUCUUAUGAUACUUUAGCACCAAAUGCAAAACGGAAAUAUCCAGAUGAGGGAGAGGCUGAUGAAGAAGAAAUUGAAGAAUAUAAGGAUGAAGUAGAACUGCAUCAAGAUGAAGAGAACCUGCCCUAUGAAGAAGAGAUUUACAAAGAUUCCAGUACCUUUCUGAAGGGAACCCAGAGCUUAAAUCCUCACAAUGAUUAUUGUCAACACUUUGUGGAUACAGGACACAGACCGCAGAACUUUAUCAGAGAUGUGGGCUUAGCAGACAGGUUUGAAGAAUAUCCCAAACUUAGAGAGCUCAUCAGACUAAAGGACGAACUAAUAUCUAAAUCUAACACUCCCCCCAUGUAUUUACAAGCAGACUUGGAGGCCUUUGACACUAGAGAACUAAAGUCCAAAUUUGAUGUGAUUCUUCUGGAACCUCCAUUGGAAGAAUACUACAGAGAGACUGGCAUCACAGCCAAUGAAAAGUGCUGGACUUGGGAUGAUAUUAUGAAACUGGAAAUUGAAGAGAUUGCAGCCUCACGGUCUUUUGUCUUUCUGUGGUGUGGCUCAGGGGAGGGUCUGGAUCUUGGCAGAGUGUGUCUACGCAAGUGGGGUUACAGACGAUGUGAAGAUAUUUGUUGGAUUAAAACCAAUAAAAACAAUCCUGGAAAGACCAAGACUCUGGACCCUAAAGCAGUUUUCCAAAGAACAAAGGAACACUGCCUUAUGGGUAUUAAAGGAACAGUCCGCCGCAGUACAGAUGGUGACUUCAUCCAUGCUAAUGUUGAUAUUGACUUAAUUAUCACAGAAGAGCCUGAGAUUGGCAACAUAGAAAAACCUGUAGAGAUUUUUCACAUCAUUGAACACUUCUGCCUUGGAAGAAGACGCCUUCAUCUUUUUGGAAGGGAUAGUACAAUCCGACCAGGCUGGCUGACUGUGGGACCCACCCUCACAAACAGUAACUUUAAUGCAGAAACCUAUGCCUCCUACUUCACUGCUCCAAAUUCCCAUCUGACUGGUUGUACAGAAGAGAUUGAGCGACUUCGACCUAAGUCACCACCUCCAAAAUCCAAGUCGGACCGAGGAGGUGGAGCUCCUAGGGGAGGAGGAAGAGGCGGGACUUCAGCUGGACGGGGAGAGAGAGGGAGAGAGAGGAAUAGAACUAAUUUCCGGGGCGAAAGGGGUGGAUUCAGAGGGGGCCGCGGAGGUACCCACAGGGGAGGCUUCCCACCACGCUGAUUACAUUUCAGUCAUUAGUUCUCCCUCUGGUCCUAUGUCUCCUCUUCUCCAUAUCUUUUUUUAGUCUUGUUUCCACCGAGAUGAGUCAUUCCGGAGACUUUUUUAAUUGAUUGUGCUUUCUGCAAGCAGUUCCAGAUACUUUGCCUGCCCACAUCUGGCACAUCACCUUACUUGGCAGGUGGGAUCCAGCACCUGAUGUCAAUGAGCUAAAAAGCCUCCUGGCAGCUUUCAUUCACCAGGAAGGAGGUCAGAGCAGACUGGGAACAUCAGAAGGGUUUAGUUCCCCAAGCUGUGAAUAGGAUUUGAAGAGGAGUUACUUGCUCUGAUCUUUUCCAACUUAGAAAAGAAUAAAAAAUCUUUCAGCUUUUUUCUUUAACGCUUCCCUAUAAAUGCUGAACAAAUCCUUCCCUUCCCUUUUGUGGAGGUAUCAUGAUGAUAAUACAGACUUGCAUUGUAUUUAUGGAAGGAAAAAUGGCGUGUCUAUAAUAGCAUUUAUUUCUUCCUCCCCUAUAUUCAUAACUAACUAAACAGAGGAGUAAUAUUGAAUAAAUAGAGCUCUAUUUUUUUUUCUAUUUGUUUUAAAUUUCCCCAGUCAUUCCUGGGAGUAGUUUUGUAGUAGUUUUAUUUUUGACUUGUCAAAUAUAUUUAAAACAUUUUUAUCUUUGAUGUUUGGACUGAAAAAACCAGAAACAAUUUUAUGUUGUCACUUGUAAUGCUUCAUGGAAAGCAAAAAGUGGCAGUCAUCCAUAUUUGAUCUAGAACUUCUGUUUACGUAGACAUGCAUUGUUUUAAAGUAGAGAAUCUUGCCCAUUGCCUGUUAACUGUCUUAUUCAUGACUAGAGAAAGCCAAGUUUUAUUACAAAAUAAAUGCAGUAUGAAUAAUGAAACAGCCCCAAUGGAGGUAAUAUUUGGGGAAAGGGAGAAAGCCAUAAAGAGGAAAAGUGCUUCCAGAGAAAUCUGGAUAAACUCCACCUGCACAAACAAUGCUCAGUGACUGAAAAAUUGUGUUUAAGCUUUGAAUAGUAAGUGAUGUGGGGAUGAGAAUGUCUUACAGAAAAUCAGCUUCAGAAUACAACUUCAAAAGAGAAAGUGAUUCACCUUUAUUGUAACUGUGUGGUAUUUGGUUUUAGAAAAGCCAGCUCUGUAAAUCAUUUGUACAGUACUUGAAGCAUAUGAACAAAUCCUGGCCCCACUGAAGUCCAGGGGAUUUUGCUAUGGAUUUCAUUGGGACUAGAAUUUGGCCCUAGGACUCUUGUACUGCUUAUCUACUGAACUUUUAAAUGAAUGCCCUGUAAAGUGGUGAAUAAUGAAAUUUCUUUCAGUGUUGUUUUUGAUAAACAUCUUUCCUAAUA